AUGUCUUUUGCGCCGUUCGAACAGACUCAACUACCGACUCCCUCCGACACCCCCAAAGCUAUGGAGCAAGAUGAACCCUCUCCAACCUCGUACCCUAAUCACUCAACUACGUGGACUCCAGUCGACAGUACUACCCCAGUCACUACCAACCCGUCGAAGAAGAGAUGGCGUGAUGAUUCACACUUGGACCCAGAGGUGGACGGCUCUUACUUUGCCCCUGCCAGACCCCCUGCGCCAGUUCCCGAGGAAGAACCGAUCUACGGCGCAGGCAUGACCCUCAUCAAUCCAAUGAUGGGCAUGUCCGUCUCAGCGGAAAGUCAAACGGGGACAUGGUAUGAGGAAAAGUCCCAGGAGAAGGCUAGCGAAGAUGAGGCCGUGGCGACCCAGCUUAGACCUGAAAUGCCUUCCAGUCGCAAAUCUGUGCGUCUGACUCCAAAUUCGAUGCGCCUCCCGAUCGAUUUUUCUGCGGCCUCUGCGCCGGCCAGCCCGCCUAAAACGGCCGUGGACCGACAAGGGUUCGACGAAGUCACCUUAGCACUGGGCAUUGGCUGGACCAAAAUGGCCGCGGAAGACGACUCGAUUCAAGCCGCUGCUAGAGGCUGGGCCAGAUAUCUGGACAACCAUUUUGCCCGACAUAUCCACGGUGCGCAAAUCAUACUGAAAAGCUCUGGACUCAAUGCAUAUCUUGUUGAGGCUCAGGAAGGAUAUUUCUUAUUCGGCGAAAGUUUGCUUGAGGGGAAGUUGGUGGGCCGGUCCUGGGAAACAUGUCUUCGAAAUCUGAAAGCACAACCUAUCAUCUUCGAAGGUGAAGAAGUUUUGCGAGCGGAGAGAACGCCAGGACCAGAAGCCGCCCAGGCUGAACCGGCCCAGCAGAACAUAUUAGAGAAUUGGGCAGACUACAACCGCUUGAACAAUCCCCAGCUGGUCGCUGUCGCCAAUGGCGGUAUGGAUCUUGAUUGA